AUGACUGAGGAAAAGGCCCUGCCUGAGGGGGAAAGCAACACGCCCACGCCGGAGGUCGCCAAGCCGGAGGCCGACGCCGCUGCCUCGAAGCCGGAGGAGGAGGGGGAGAGGGACGCCGACGGCAACCACGUCCUGGAGUACAAGUGGACGCUGUGGUUCGACUCCCACCAGAAGGGCCAGUCGCAGACGACGUACGGGCAGACGCGGCGGCGCGUGUACACGUUCAACACCGUGGAGGACUUUUGGAAGCUGUUCAACAACAUCAAGGGGCCCAGCGAGUUUUCGCCGAACACGGACUACUGCCUGUUCAAGGAGGGCAUCGAGCCGGAGUGGGAGGACCCCAGAAACGACAAGGGGGGGUCCUGGACGAUCAGCCCCAAGGACGUGGGGCGGCAGCAGAGCGACGUGGAUGAGAUGUGGUUGCAGGCGGUCAUGGCGUGCAUAGGGGACCAGUUCGAGGAGAGCGACGAGAUCUGCGGGCUGAUGGUGAGCGUGAGGGCGAGGGGGAACAGGAUGCAGCUGUGGACGCGGACGGCCAGCAACGAGGAGGCGCAGCUGAGCAUCGCAAGGCAGAUGAAGGAGCACUUGUCGAUUCCCAGCGAGACGCAGAUCGCGUACAACUCGCACUCCGACCAGAUGAAAGGCGACCGCAGGUCGAAGGAGAAGUACGUCGCUUGA